GUGGGCAGUGUUCGGUGCGGAUCGCGUUUGCUUUUGCUUUGGCUUUGGCAUUGCCUUUGCUUUGUUUUCAUUUUUAUUUCGUUCUUUUCCCGUUUUGCUGCCCGCCGCCACUGUGGUGCAAUCCACUCCAACAACACUCCACAACACUCCACACCACUCCACUCCACUCCAGUCCAAUUCAAUCCAAUCCAACGCCAUCGAAGAGAGGAGAAGAGAUUCCAUUCCAACUUUUGGCUUUUUCACUUUGUGGCGGGUAUGCUAUCAGUGGAAAAAUGUCCCUAACACCUCAAGCGGUGCAGCCGCCUGACCCUAUUGGCUUUCCAGCGUUAACUUGCUUCUUCAGCAUGCCCUAGGCCGCUUAGCAGCCAUGCAGUCAUCAACAAUCCGUCCCGUUAGCACCUAUGACAACCUGGGCGUCGCCCAGCAGAGGCAGCAGCAGCAGCAACACCAAUCCGCGCUGGAGCUGGAGCCGGAACCAAAUGGCAGCGGCACCAGUCACAGCAUAGCCGCUGUGAAGGCAGCCCUGAAUGACGCCAAGUCCAAGUUCUUUGGCAUAAACAAUUAUGAGUCACCGGCGGCGUCAACGUCGGAGCACGUGCCGGCCAUUAAAUCGGAACCCAUGUAUCAGAAUCUGCUUCAGCAUGAUCCUCACCGGGAUGAGCACCUUGCGGUGAAAGCUGCUCCAGUUCCAGCGAUCGUGCCUGCUUCCAGUACUGCUGCCAGUGAUGAGGCACCGCUGCAGUAUGUCACCACCUAUGAGCAGAUUCCUCUCAGCGACUUGGACGCUCCACAGCCAUCGCAGGCUGUCUAUAUGAGCACCACGGUUCCGCAGAACAUGAAAGGUAUGAAGAUAGCUGGACGACAUACGCCGACCAGGAACAGCUUAAGGCACAGCCGGAUGAUUGUGGUGAAUCAAAACCACGACAGCCUUCAAGCUGCUUACUCGAGGCACAUCCGAAAUCUAAACAUUUCGCGACAGCUGCUGAUAAUGCAACUGGCUGUGGGACUACUAAUCACUGGACUGGCCAUUUGGAUACUCAUCCUGGCACCCAAUGCAUCCAUAUUGAUUAAUCCCUAUCUGAGCGGUUUGUCUCUUCUCUUGGCCAGCAUUGCGGGUCUCAUACUGCACCGAAGAAAUACAAAGAGCGAACAGCACAGGCCAGGCAAUAGCUGCUACAAGGUCCUUCUGGCCGAGUCCUAUGUGUUCUCUGCCCUGACACUGAUCUUCUGCUGCUUGGCCCUGGUCUGUGCGGCCAUAGAGUUCGCAGAGCUGACCUCGUCCCCGUCCGGGGAGGGAGCAUGCGGACCGGCGACCAGCUCGCUCUUGAGCUACCAGAACUGUACCUGCUUUUCGGAAGGCAACGAGGAUGUAACAACUUCAGCAGCCCUUGCCCUAGAGGAUGUGAAUGUCCAGAGCGACAGCGAGGGUUGCGGAGCGAUUCGGGUGAAAUGGAAGUAUCUACUGGCCUUCUCGAUGGCUCUUAACACAUUGGGCAUAGUUGCAACAUUCUUAUAUAUUACGCUAUUUAUUUGUUGUCGCAGCAACAAUAGGAAACACUUUUACACGUCUGUCUAAGAGAGAGAGAGAGAGUUUGCACUUAGGUAUAGUAUUUAAAUAUUAUUAAG